GAUAAGGCUCGUCCCUUCACAUCUAUAAAUAGGGGCCAACGCCCUGCUCUCUCAGCAACACAUAGGCCACACUUCAUCAUUCAGGAGGCAUACAACAACACCCACUGAUCAUCAUCAGUUCAGCUAAGAUUGAAGGGCUAGACAUGUCAAGGGUGUUGGAGCCUCUCGUUGUGGGGAAGGUGAUUGGUGAGGUGCUGGACGAUUUCAACCCCACCGUGAAGAUGAUGGUCACCUACAGCUCCAACAAACAGGUCUUCAACGGACACGAGCUCUUCCCCUCGGCAGUCGCCGCCAAGCCGCGUGUCCACGUAGAGGGCGAUCUCAGGUCCCUCUUCACAUUGGUGAUGACUGACCCUGAUGUGCCAGGACCUAGUGAUCCAUACCUGAGGGAGCACCUUCACUGGAUUGUUACUGAUAUUCCUGGGACUACUGAUGCUUCUUUUGGGAAGGAGCUGGUGAGCUACGAGAGCCCAAAGCCAAACAUAGGCAUCCACAGGUUCAUCUUCGUUCUGUUCCAGCAGGAUCGCCGGUACCCGGUGAGCCUGCCGUCGUCGAGGGACCGCUUCAGCACCCGCCAGUUCGCCGAGAACAACAAGCUCGGCCUCCCCGUGGCCGCCGUCUACUUCAACGCACAGCGCGAGACCGCCGCACGCCGGCGCUAACCGCUGACGAGCUACAGCUGAACAAAACCAGACCACCCAACGAUCCUACGUACCUGAUCUUGCAUGGACAAACGAACUACGAUUACUUAAUUAGUUAGCUGGCCAGUCUUUUCUUCUUCAUGCUUGUUUGUUCAAAUAAGAUGUGAGAUUUAGGGAAAAUAUCACUCUCUAGCUUGUUCUCAUUCCAUGACU